GUUCAGAACAGCAAAUUGCCUAACAAAUAAUUCAAAAUGUGCAGGCUGAACAAAGGGCAAGUCUACAGUCCAUCGAAAUGGGUCUGGGGGCAUUAAAAGUGGAUUCCGUCGAAAAUAAGCAACUCCUUGAAAAGUUCAUGGCUAAUACGGAGGUUAGCUUGAACCUUAUUAUCGAGAAGCUGUGCCUUGGAGUUGAGCGGGUGGAUACAGCUGAAAUUCCCGACAGCUUGUUGCCCAUCAAAGAUCACGCCCAGAUGGAUGAACUGGAAGAAAAAAUUGGAGCUGAUCCAGUUUUUAAGCGAGCCUUAAUUCGGAAACUCAGCACAUUUGGAGGAGUAAACGCGAAUAAAACUGUUCGCACAAUGUCCAUGUGCAUGUUUGAGGACACUUUGCUCCUCGAAUACUCGUGGUUCGGGUCGGCCACCAAAAAACCAUUCGAUGUGUAUAAGCAAAUUUUUGGUGUGAUGGUGGAGGCGGUCAGGAAGAGGUUCCCUAACUUCAGCGAUGCAGAGGGAUCCGCAUACAUAAAAACGUUGUGCGAAUGUAAAUAA